UGAGUGUUUCUUCCUUGAGAAAGAAUCUGUACCACUUCAGCCUUAGCUGGACCUGCUCUGGAUGGAUUUACCAUCUCUCCCUUCUCACGCCGCGGAAUUUCAUUCACAAGAAGGCUGACUUUAAACUCGGUGCCAGUCAAGAAAGAGCAGAGAGGAAGAAAAAGGGGGUCAGAUGUUUCUCUUUCUUUCCUCUUCGACGUGCGUGAAGCGGACGCGCACCUGCAAGAGCGUCUGCUUCUCUUUUCUUUGCUGAGAGCCCCAAAUUGGGGUGCUGCCGCUGCUUGGCUGAGGCUACAUACACUUUUCAGACAGAACCAGUGGACUGGUUAAAACAUUUAAAAAGAGAGAGAGAAAAGAGGAGGAGGGUGAACAGGAGAGAAAAAGUGUGUGUGUUUGUGGGUGUGUGUGGACGCGAGACUGGAUGGAUUCCUCUCUUCCUCUGUCGCUCCACAGGCGCUCGUUCGUUUAUUUAAGCCCGACCGACGACAGCAUGCCGAGCGCAGACUCCAGCGGCAGCGCUUGGCAGAGACUUCCUAACAGAGCACAGGACUGAGACGUGCUAUAUCGCAAAGCGGUCUCACCUGCUCAACAUCCGUGCGCAACCCGACCAUAGCGCCCACCGGGACAUCGCCGACACCCAGGACCUGACUGUAAAGAACCCACUACAUGGGCCCCAAACCCCGUGAGGUCUGCGGGAUGGCUUGCAGCGCGUGUUACUACCUGGUUAUCAGCUCCACGCACCUGAGCAAUGGACACUUUCGGCGCGUCAAGGGGGUCUUCAGAGGACCGCUGUGUCCUACUGCAGCCAGUGAUUCACCGGAGCGUGCAGAAAGGGCUUUGGGCUGCUCAGUGGAGGAUUUGAAGGCUCUUUUCUACUGUGAGCUGUGUGACAAGCAGUACCUCAGACACCAGGAGUUUGACAAUCACAUCAACUCCUACGAUCAUGCGCACAAACAGAGGCUGAAGGAACUCAAGCACAGGGAGUUUGCGCGCAAUGUGGCCUCAAAAUCAUGGAAGGACCAGCGCAAACAGGAGAAGGCUCUCAGACGCCUGCACCAGCUUGCGCAGCUGCAACAGGAAGGUCAGAGAUUUCCAGGAAAGACUUAUGGGCUAAGAAGUACAGUCAGUUCAGUGGGCCAACAGCAAGAUAGAGAGAUGGACCAACAAGACUACAGCCCUGAGGACAAACCUGAACCCUUCAACUGCACCCAGAGACCCCCUCCUAUGAAACCCAGAACAAGUCCCCUCAGCCACCAGUCAGAAAAUCCAUGCCAAUCUCCUUCCCAGAUACCGCUGGCCACUGCUGUAGUAGAGUCCCCAUUAAUCACACAUCCAGCAUCUAAUAGAGACUCUCCUGCAGUGAAUCCCCCGUCUUGCCUGGAUUUGCAUUCCCAGUCACCUCUUCCUGGUCGAGAGAGAGUGGGAGGCAGGCUUGGAGUGUCCUUUUGCUUCUCAAGAAGGGGACCUAGGCUAGAGCCUUCUGCCUCUGUCUUCUCAGACCUGGAGGAAGAGGAGAGAGAGAAGAGGGAACAAAUGAAACAACGGAUAAAAGGAAUAAUGGAAGAUAUCGACAGGGAAAUUGGGGCAGCAGAAGAUAGGAAACAUGGUGAGGGUGACAAGCAUAAGUCAAGCUCUGACAGUGUUGGGCCAAACGACAUGGAGCCAAUGUCCAGUGAGACUGUGAGAAAAGAGGAGAAGGUUGAAAAAAGAUACAUGGUGAAAGAACACUCUCCUAUUUCAACAGCAGAACCCGAUAAUCAGACUCAUGAUUCGCUGUUCUCACCAUCACAGACCCAGGCGACCAUAUGGGGCACAGCAUUAGCAGGGGCAAACACCGAACAGAUAGCUAGUGAGACAGAGACACAGCAAGAAACAGAGGGGAAGGGGGAGGAUAGUCAGUAUAUGUGUGUGCUGGGGAAAGAUGGCGCUACCAGUCUGAGAUGGCCUGUCAGUUUGCUUAGAUUCACCAAGUCUCAACCACACAUUUCCUACAGCUGCAACCCACUUCGCUUGAACGCCCAACGACCAGAUCAACUCACAGAAGAUCUGCAAGAGUCACAACAAAGUCAGGUGUUCGCCCUCUCAGAUGAAUCAAAUCUUCUCGGGUCGGCUACUCUUCCAUCAGACUCUCAUUCCUGUUUAAAAAAACAAACAAGACAUGGGUUGAGAUCACGCAGACAGAAAAAAGCUGAGGAGAAUUUUAAGGCAGAGCAACAUAUCGAUGCGGAGACAGAAGCACACCUGCUCCUGAACAACAAAAACCUUUCAUCAUCAGAAACAAGACCAGAAAGAGGAAAAUGCAUGCUAAGUGUGGAGAAUUGUGUGCGAGCAUCCUCCCAUCCAUUUGACCCCGCUCACAGUGACAGCUUUGACACAAACUCCCAGAACCCUCUGGGAGGCAGAUUAGGGAGUGCGAGAGGGAUCAGGGAGAGAGCCAUCAUAGCCCUGAGCUGUAAAUUAGAGUCUGUCACCCAAACUGGCACACAGGGGAUGUGCAUCAGCCCAUCCAGGUGUGAAUGUGGGAGUGAGACAAUGUGCAAGUGUGCCAGCUCUCCACAGCCAUAUGUGGAUGUCUCAGAAAUGUCACGCAAAAAGAGGAAAGCCACCGCAAAGAAACACAAACUAGGAAAGAGGAAGAGGGGUGAAAAGGAAAAAGCUUCAAACAAGCACCAAUCAGCAAGAUGCAAAAUGAGGAGUGUUGUCUCUACAGUCUUCACUGGAAAAGAGAGGAACAGGGAAGCUGGAGGGAGCUGGGGGACGAAAAGGGAGAGUGGGGAGAUGCGGGUGAGGAGGAAGGUGCGGAGAACAGGGAGCAGAUGUCUCCUGAGGAGGUGUGAGGCUGAGCCAGUAUCUGUCUCUGUCAGGAAGAGGAGGCCUCACAGCAGCCACGGCACUGAAUCCCAGUCCCAGUCUGACAGAGUGCAAGCAGAGCACCGCAGUGCCUACUCCCAGCUCACCAGACACACAGCAGACAGAGACACUGAAGGGGAGGGCGAGCGAGAUGGAGAUGCUGUGACUUUUCCCUGGCGAUCUCACUUCUCUUUACACCCCUUCUCACCAGGAUGUAACUCAAAGCUGUUUUGGGAAAGGGGUCACCAUAGCAACCCCAGGAGUUUCAUUGACUGCUGUUACCCUGACAACAGCUGUGGUAGCAGUCUGGCGAGAAAGAGAAAACUCCUCCACAGGGACAGAAAAUUCAUUCAUAGUAAGAGGAAUAGUUUGAGGCAUCAUGAAGUCUACGAAGAGAGAGACUGGAAAAUGGGAGGGUGUUCGGGAUACAGAGACAAAGGCCUGACUUCAGAUACAGAAUGGGAGUGGAUGAGAGGGAACUGUCCUGGAGGUAGUGAGGACAGAAAGUCGAGGACCGGGUGGAGAUCCAGAAACAGAGCAGUGGAGUGGGAACGGGUGGCAAGGUUUAGCAUCAGUCCUAGCAGCUGGGGCAGGAAAAGCAGACAUCUUAGCACAGAAGAUGCAGACUGGGACAGGUGCAGCGUGGACAGAUGGACGUGGGGCAGCAGUGACAGCUGGGAAGACAGGAGGACACACAGAUCAACGUCAGGCUCCAGGACAGGGGCUGACAGCAGAGACAGCCCGAGCUGUUUGUGGCGAUAUACAGAUACCAGACGUUCGAGCUCAAGACACUUCUCCAGCCCAGAGUGGUGGGCAAGCAGGCAGACAUACAGCCCCCAGAGUGUGAUCAACACACGAGGCAGCAGGUGCCGCAGCCUGCAUUCCUGUAGCCCCUGCAGCAGCACCAGCAUGUCCGAGCUGAGCUGGGAGUGGAGCAGGAGCAGUACAUGCUCAGGGGUCACAACGGAUGGGUCGACAAUUAGGUCAUGCAGGACGUCCUCAGGAGCUCCAGGACCCUCAUCUGGGGUCUCUCAUGAGGCAAAGAAGCAGAGCAGCUCCGCAGCCAAUUCCACCAGCCAUACUUCUAGCUUCUUCUCUCCCUACACAUCCUCUUGUGCUUCCACAGUUUCAACACACACAGUUGUUACACAAGUCCAUCACAGCCAAAGGAGCCCAAUUCACUGUCUGAACUUGGCCACGCACACUCUACCCCUGUCACCACAAGCUUGGCAACCAGUUUCCCAGGAUUAUCUGGCCCAAUAAAGUCUCUUCCACAGAA